CCAGUCGCCGCCGGGGUGCAAUUAACGCUCGGACUCUGUCACUGCCAGCGGAGCAGAGGGUGGAGAGAAAUACUUCCGGCCAGCUCAUCUUCAGCGGCACACCGGGCUGAGCUCACUGCCUUCCUCGCUGCCAUGGUUCUGCUAACGAUGAUCGCCCGUGUGGCGGACGGACUCCCUCUGGCAGCAUCAAUGCAGGAAGAUGAGCAGGUGAGACACCGUGACAGUGUUCAUACAUACAUACACCUGCACAUUAUAGUCAUCUGUGUGUAUUUAUCAUGUUUGAUCAAACUACAUCUGCAAAGUUAUAUAUAAAUAUAAUAUAUCCAGCUACAUUCUAAACCUCUAUCUUCUUACACGUUACUUGAGCAAUGAGCAUGUGUGCGAUGUUGUAUUGGUAAACAUGUUUCAGAAUAAAAUGUGUACACAUCUGUAGGUGUGUGUGUGUGUGUGUAUAUAUAUAUUCCUAAAAACGAGUUUGCUACAUUUUACUUGAUACACCUUUUCUGUACAGCUCUGCAAACUAUAUUGACUCUCAAUAUAAUUUAUAAUGAUACAUCCCACAGGACACAACAUUUUAGAUAAUGUACAAUAACAUGGUGGGAAGUUAAUAAGAGCAAACAAUUUUUAUACCUGGUUUAAUGUAUUGAGGAAACUUUAUGUACAAUAUGCCAAUGUUGUAAACUAUUGCCAUAAUUUUCAUUGUAAGCUGAGAUUAAAGGGACACUCCAGGCACCCAGACCACUUCUACCCAUUGGAGUGGUCUGGGUGCCAACUCCCACUACUCUUAACCCUGCACGUGUAAUUUUUGCAGUUUUUUUAUAAACUGCAAUAAUUACCUUGCAGGGUUAACUCUGCCUCUAGUGGUUGUCUACUAGACAGCCACUAGAGGGCAGUUCCUGGUUUGUAGCACAGGAAACCUGUGCUAGAGCAUUGCUGGACAUCCUCACGCUGUGUGAGGACCUCCAGCGUUGCUCAUUUCCCCCUAGGAAAGCAUUGAAAUUCAUUUUAAAUGCUUUCCUAUGGGGAGCGCUAAUGCGCAUUAGGUCUCCCCGGCUGGUGGGCGGGAUCAGUCUCGCCCACCGGCCGAUGCAGUCUGGAGAAGCGGCAUGGAGGGAGAAGCAGCGACAUGGGACAUCGUCGCUGCCCCAGGUAAGUUACUGAAGGGGUUUUCACCUCUUCAGCAACCGGGGAUUGGGGGGUGGGAGGGAGAGGGAACCUGCAGUGCCAGGAAAGCGGAUUGUUUUCCUGGCACUGGAGUUUCCCUUAAGGACCAAGCUUCUGGAAUAAAAUGGAAUCAUGACAUGUCAGACAUGUCAUGUGUCCUAAGGGGUUAAAGAAACAGUUUAGUGUUAGGAAUAAUAAUAAAAAAAAAAAAAAAAAGUGAAUUUCUAAUGCUAUAGUACCCUAUUAACUGUUUAGUUUACCCCAACAUAGGGCUGCCACCUUGCUGAGAUCAUCAACACUGGCGAUCCCAGCCAAUCCAAUGCGUCCCCAGUGGGAAGAAUAGGGAGGCUAAUGCGCAACAUAGAGACUUGCAUCAUUUGAUAAAUUGUGGAUUGACUGUGCUUGUUCUGCUAUGCUAAUCUCUGUGUAGAAUCAGGUAGGAAGAAACCAGUAAUUCAUAUCUUAACUUGUCAUACUGUGAUGCAAAAUUAGAAAUCCUGUUACAGUGACAUAGUGCAGUGUACACUAGUUCUCUCUGCUGAUUUUAGUUGGACAGAGGGUUAGGCUAGUUCUGGGGCCUUUGGUGUUGGAACACUUCAGGUUAGGGUUUUUAUGAUCAAAACCCCUAGGAUUCUGCUUUUAGCCACCUUUGCCAUGUUUAAAGGUACACUAUAGGCACCCAGACCACUUCAAUUUAUUGAAGUGGUCUGUGUGCUGUGUUCCUAUUGUAUUUGACGUUGACACUGGGAUCAGGUAAGUAAAUCAAUUUUUAUCCCUUUAAUUACCACUGUAGAGGGAGGGAGGCAGAUGGAGCUAUAGUGUCAGUAAUACGACUUUCUAUUCCUGGCUCUACAGUAUCCCUUUAAUAUACUUCUUUUGGAGAGAAUUAUAUUACACUUGGUAAUGGCCUUUUGCCAAGUGACUUCUAUGAACCCGAUUUGCAAGGCAGUCUCUUGGUCUUCCUUACACCCAUUUUUAAAAAUUAUUAUGUAUUGAAUCCAUAAACACUGUUUGGCAGGAAAGAGUUUUUUAAGCACCAUGUGAGUCACUGACACUUGAACAUAUCUGACUCUGGUGAUUAAAAGUUCUACGCUGCUUGGAUUGUGGACUCUCACCAUCACCUGAUAAAAUUAUUUUCAUAUUUAUGCUAAGAGUCUACGAUACAGUCAGUCAUUCCUGCAUUAGUUCCAUGGUUAUACUUCAACUGCCUUAUUUUCUCUAUUGGAGCGGUAAAGAUUUGAUCUGUGUUUAUUGCCUUCUGACACAUGAUUAUAAGAUGCCAUUCGCUGCAUAAAGAUGGAAUCGUUAACAAAUACUUAUUUUGACUGCGUUGGUAUUUUACUGAAAUUCCGGGCCAGUCAAGAGAUAUACAAAGAAGGGACCAUGUAUAUUUUUUCCGCAUGAGUUUCUUAGACACUGGGCGGAGCUACCAUGUCCAUUCCGAUAGUCGUCACCAGUGACGGCUGCAGGGAAUUGCCUUUGUCUAUGGAGGAUCCCAGUGUCUCGCAGGAUCCUCCUUAUACCUCAAUGCUGAACUCUCGUGCAUGCGCCAGGAGCUGAAGAGGACCGGUUGGAGGAAGAUGGCCGUGACCACGAGGAAUGUUUAGGUAUGCAUAUCUCCCCUUUACCUGCUUUCCCCCACACCUUCCUUCAGCCACUGGGUCGGCCAGCAGCGAUGUCACUAAUGGUGGUCUUUGCGAUUUUCUGCAAUGUCCCCGGAUGGUGUAGUUCAGCUUUAAAGGACCACUAUAGUGCCAGGAAAACAUACUCGUGCCCUGAGGGUGCCCCCACCCUCAGGGACCCCCUCUCACCCGGCUCUGGGGAGAGGAAAGGGGUUAAAGUUACCUUUUUUCCAGCGCCGGGCGGGGAGCUCUCCUCCUCCUCCCCGCCUCCGAUCCUCCCCUUCGGCUGAAUGCGCACGCGCGGCAAGAGCUGCGCGCGCAUUCAGCCGGUCUCAUAGGAAAGCAUUUACAAUGCUUUCCUAUGGACGCUUGCGUGUUCUCACUGCGAUUUUCACAGUGAGAAUCAUGCAAGCGCCUCUAGCGGCUGUCAAUGAGACAGCCGCUAGAGGAUUUGGAGGCUGGAUUAACCCAUAUAUAAACAUAGCAGUUUCUCUGAAACUGCUAUGUUUAUUAAAAAAAUGGGUUAAUCCUAGAGGGACCUGGCACCCAGACCACUUCAUUAAGCUGAAGUGGUCUGGGUGCCUAGAGUGGUCCUUUAAAGCGACUCAAAAAUGAACAAUAUCCAAUCUGCUUCGAUGCAACUCUCUGUGCAUGAAAACAAAAUGGCUGCACUCCGGUAUUGAGAUUCGACAUAAGGACAAAAAAAUUAUUAUAAGGAAAGGAAAACCAAAAAAGUGUCUCUUUAAGAGAGAAAAUAUCUUUUCAGGAAAAAUAUAAUUUUUCUUCUUCUUGGCAGUCUGGGCGGGAUUUGCAGCAGUACCAGAAUCAGGCUAAACAGCUGUUUCGGAAACUGAAUGAACAGUCACCAACCCGAUGCACUCUAGAGGCAGGAGCCAUGGCGUUUCAGUAAGUUUAAAACUAUUUUAUGUGUGUCAUUGAUUGUGAACUAUUGUUUUUAACAAUUUGCACUGAUGUUUAACCCUUUUUUUCUAUAAACAUAGCAGUUUCAGAGAAACUAUGUUUAUGUUAGGGUUAAUCCAGCCUCUGGUGGCUGUCUCUUGACAGCCGCUAGAGGCGCUUGCGUGCUUCUCACUGUGAUUUUCACAGUUAGAAGACGCCAGUGUUGUAAAUGCUUUCCUAUGAGACUGGCUGAAUGUGAGAGGAGGAGGAGGAGAGUUCCCCGCCCGGCGCUGGAGAAAGAGGUAAGUUAAACCCCUUCCUCCAGCCUGGCGGGAGGGGGUCCCUGAGGGUGGGGGCACCCUCAGGGCACUAUAGUGUCAGGAAAACGAGUGUUUUCCUGGCACUAUAGUGGUCCUUUAAACAUCCUGUAGCUUCUAUCACAGUAGUAGUUUUAAACUGCCUAGAGUCUCUCUUUCCCCCCACUUUUCUGUCACUUUUGGGAGUGAAUUGACAAAAUGCAAACCUCUUAACAGUAUUUGGUGACCAACUCCUACUCCUCUGCAUUGUAAAAACCCUUAUUAUCAACAUUAAUUUUGUGCAUUGUGGCAAAGAUAGGCUUAGAGCGCAUGCAGAUAACUCCGCUAAAGAAUGGUAGCAUGUCCUAUUAUACUGUUACAGAGAAAAAUGUUGAUACUAUUGCUUGUCAAAUGCUAAUCAUAUUAAUAGAACAGUUUUUUAGCUUUUGCAAAAAAGCACUGUAAGCAUCAUAACCACUGUAGCACCAACCUUAAGCAGCAACAGUUUGCUCUGUCUGCUAGCCUUACUAUCCACCAGCGCUUGCAGCCAUACAAGACUGGCUGUAGGUAAUUGAUACAGAAAUUUAAUGUUCCACAUCAUCAAAACAGCUGCAGUGGUUUUGGUGGCUAGAGUGCCCCUUUAUUGUAAAGAUGUAUUGUGGUAAGCAAAUUAAUGCAUCCCUCAUUAUAUAUUUCAUCUGUAUUUUGAAAUGCAAUAGCUUUUUUGCGUAUAGCAUGUUAGGUGUUCAUGUGCAACAUUCUAGAGCCUCAUCCAGUAUAUUUCGUGACUGUUCCAUAUGUCCCUUGAAGUUUAAGUAUAUUGGACUAGAUACUAAUUAUGUAUUUUCUUAACCUUAGCUACCUAAUUGAGAAGGGUGUGUGCUACCUGGUUCUUUGUGAAGCUGCAUUUCCCAAGAAAUUGGCAUUUGCUUAUCUUGAAGAUUUAUAUUCUGAAUUUGAUGAACAACAUGGAAAAAAGGUGCCCACGGUAUCACGACCCUAUUCUUUUAUAGAGUUUGGUGAGUCAUACCAGCAAAAUGUUAAAUUUCAAAAUAUACACAUAAAAUACAUUCUACAUAUUGCCAACUGAUGUUUUGUUAAAGGACAUCCAUUGUUGUAGAAAAAAAUCUAUACUUUUUAAUAUAAUCUUUUUUUCUAAUCUAUUUUCUUAAAAUGUCUAUAUGUAUCCCACUCCCACUUUCUGCACCUUGUAUCAGACUGUCAGUUGUCCCAGCCAAUGCUUACUAUUUUCUAACCAGUCGUUGCUUUUCAAAAUCUACGUGCAGACAAUGCUGUAGGUAGAAAUGGCAGAUGAUUUAGCACCCGAUGUCAAUACACUGGCCUUGCUCAACACAAGCAAGUUUCAAUUACUUAUUUUGGGGAUGUUUCUCUGAUGCCCCAAGAAGUUUUUUGAGUUCCAAAUUUGAACUAUCUUGUUCUGGGUCAGGGACAGGUAUUUAUUGAACAAUAUGGAGGUUGGUGGAAAGUGGACAGAUAUUUGAAUAAAGAAUGAACCUUUAACAAGGCACUGAAAACUGUCCCCUGAAAAUAGAUGGCUGUUUAACUAACUUGUAGAUUGUGAUUUUUUUUUUUUUUUUUUUUUUUUUUUUUAAUUUUUUUUUUUAUUAUAAUAAGAAUAUUGAGUACUCUGUUUAUUUAUAAAUCACAAUUUCUGCAGCAUUGAACAAAAGGCAGGCUAGCAAACAAGCAGAACAAGAUAAGUUGGACAUACAGGAAGAGGUGUUGCUGAUGCCCAAACAAGCUUAUAUUCUAAGGGUGAAGUGUUAAAAUGACAAGGUUAGGGUAAGGUAUAGGAAAAGUAGGUUGUUAGAAGAUCAAUUUAGAAUGAGAGCUUAGUCUUGUGUUUUUUGUUUUAUUAGUUGGCACAGUUGCAGGAGAGGAACCGAGAAGGGUUUGUGAGGUGUGGGUUACUUUAAAUCUGUUUAAUUGAUAUGCAUUUUUAAAGAAGUGAGUUUUCAGUGAUAUGUUUUUGAAGAAAUGGAUACUGGGUGAGAGUUUAAUAACGCUGGGAAGGGAAUUCCAUAGGAACGGUGGAAAAGUGCGGGUCAGAUGUGCGUGUACAAACAGGAUAGACGCAGGUCUUCGGCAGAGCGUUGGUCCCUUCAUGAGACAUACUGUAUACGUGAUGAUAGGUAGAUGGUAAUGGGGGUUUAGGUUGGAGUUGUGUGUGUGUGUGUGUGUAUUUUAUUUUAUAAAGAAUCUGUCUUAUGGGUGUAUUGGCGUGCAUAUAAAAUUGAAGGGGAUAGGAUUGAGGGAAGAGGGGUGGGGAGGAAAACCAACGCAGCGUAGAAUAGUCUUAUUGUGAUUAUUAGAUGUGAGUGGGCUUAGGAUAGAGAAGGGAGUUGGGCUGGGGGAUGUGUUGGUAGGGGUGGAAGAGAGAUCUGAGAUAUCUUUCCUGAUUGCAGCAGUCUUCUCAGUGAAGUGAGUUACGACAUUUGGAGCAGUCAGAUUUAAUAGAAAGAAAAGUGGCAACAGGGCAAAGAAGAGUGCUUAAAGUGUGAAAAAGGUGUUUGAGUUCUCUGGAGAGUGGUUAUAAAGGUAUUGAAGUAUUCAUUCACAAGGAAAUCAAAUGCAAAGGGUGACUUUCUCCAGCACCGUUCAGCAGUUCUGAAACACUUUUUUUAGAGGUAUUUGCUUCCUAAUAUAGUUCAUUUUAUCAACAUCAAGCAUAGUUCUGUUUUUAGCAUCCAUGACAGAACAAAUGCUCCAUAGAGUUGAGAUUUUGCUGCCUUCUUAGUAAUCCUUAUGUGUAUUAAGGCAAUAUAAAACUUAAUACGUUGCUCAGCUUUCUCUUUGGAGUACAACCCCAUGUCUACUUUUUUCAGAUACAGUGCCUUGCAAAAGUAUUCACCCCCCACCCCCUUGGCAUUUUUCGUGGUUUGUUGCCUCAUAACCUGGAAUUAACAUGGAUUGUUUGAGGAUUUGCAUCAUUUAAUUUAGAGAACAUGCCCACAACUUUGAAGAUUUUUUAUUUUUUAUAUUGUGAAGCAAACAACAAAUAGGACAAAAUAACAGAAAAGGUCAAUGUGCAUAACUAUUCACCCCCUUAAGCCAAUACUUUGAAGAGCCACCUUUUGCGGCAAUCACAGCUACAAGUCACUUUGGAUAAGUCUCAAAGAGCUUGCCACAUCUUACCACUGGGAUUUUUGCCCAUUCCUCGUUGCAAAACUGCUCCAGCUCCUUCAAGUUGGAUGGUUUGCGCUUGUGAACAGCAAUCUGUAAGUCUGACCACCGAUGUUCUAUUGGAUUGAGGUCUGGGCUUUGACUAGGCCAUUCCAACACAUUUACAUGUUUCCCAAUAAACCACACAAGUGUUGCUUUAGCAGUGUGUUUGGGGUUAUUAUCCUGCUGGAAGGUGAACCUCCUUCCUAGCCUCAAAUCACGCACAAAGUGGUACAGGUUUUGCUCAGGAAUAUCCCUGUAUUUAGCACCAUCCAUCUUUCCCUCAACUCUGACCAGUUUUCCAGUCCCGGCUGCUGAAAAAUCAUCCCCACAGCAUGAUGCUGCCACCACCAUGUUUCACUGUGGGGAUGGUGUUCUUUGGGUGAUGUGAUGUGUUGGGUUUGCGCCAGACAUAGCGUUUUCUUUGAUGGACGAAAAGUUAAUUUUAGUCUUAUCAGACCAGAGCACCUUCCUCCAUACAUUUUGGGAGUCUCCCACAUGCCUUUUCGCAAACUCAAAAUGUGCCUUUUUGUUUUUUGCUGAAAGUAAUGGCUUUCUUCUGGCCACUCUGCCAUAAAGCCCAACUCUAUGGAGCAUACAGCUUAUUGUCGUCCUAUGUACAGAUACUCCAGUCUCUGCUGUGGAACUCUGCAGCUCCUCCAGGGUUACCUUAGGUCUCUGUGCUGCCUCUCUGAUUAAUGCCCUCCUUGCCCGGUCCGUGAGUUUUGGUGGGUGGCCGUCUCUUGGCAGGUUUGCUGUUGUGCCAUGUUAUUUCCAUUUGGUUAUGAUAGAUUUGAUGGUGCUCCUGGGGAUCAUCAAAGAUUUGGAUAUUUAUUUAUAAGCUAACCCUGACUUGUACUUCUCAACAACAUUGUCCCUUACUUGUUUGGAGAGUUCCUUGGUCUUCAUGGCAGUGUUUGGUUAGUCGUGCCUCUUGCUUAGGUGUUGCUGCCUCUGGUGCCUUUCAAAAAAGGUGUGUGUGUGUGUGUAUGUAAUGAUCAUGUGACACUUAGAUUGCACACAGAUGGAUAUCAUUUCACAAAUUAUUAUGUGACUUCUGAAGGUAAUUGGUUGCACCAGAGCUUUUUAUGGGCUUCAUAACAAAGGGGGUGAAUACAUACGCACAAGACAAUUUUCUGUUUUCUAUUUCUAAAAAAUAGUUUUAUGUAUACAUUUUUCUCAUUUCACUUCACCAACUUAGACUAUUGUGUUCUGAUCCAUCACAUAAAAUUUAGAUUAAUAAAACAUUGAACUUAAGGCUGUAAUGUAACAAAAUAGGUGCCUUACUGUGUGUGUGGAUGUUGAAGUGGCAAAUUUGAGACAUGCCCAUUUGUACUUGUGGUUUUUUAGCUUUGAGUUUUGAUGCUGGGUUCAUCUCACAUUUUGGAGCAUUUUUCUCUCAUCACCGUAUAUAAGACACAAUGUAUGUAUAGGUAAUUUGCAAUUCAAUAGGGUUUUGUAAGAACUAAAGACAUAAAACAAUAAGUCAAGUUACCAUGCUAAAUAAUACACCAAGAAGUUCCUCAAUGUGAUCAUUCAACAUAGCUGAAUUAAGUUAUUUAACCCAUUAAGGAGGACUGUGUAAGACACUUUACACAGAUCAAUUGUAAUUGAGUUUAAAAAUGGGAGUGAAUUUGCAUGGUGCCUGAGAGUACCAUCCGUCAAGUCCCUCAGAGUAGGGCACAGUCCAGUUAUGAGAGUGCUAGAGGACCAGGUGUAAAUGUGUGCUCUGACAAAGGAGGGCUUUGAUAUAGACUUGUUGACUUGGGCGGUAUCAAUGAGACACAGACCCACAGAUGGGGUCAUAUACCAUGUCAUCUAAAAACUUGAGCAGGAAUAAGGUUGGUACCAGACUCUCCCUUGGGAAAGUAAAAUAAAGUGGACAGUGCACAUGUUUACAGAGGAUUUCUCUCACUCAGGUGCUCCAGACAGGAAGGCCAAAUCCCUAUUGAGCUCACCCGAUUAGGACGGGUGGCAAAGCAUUGCGUCGUGACGUCUGAUCACAUGAAGUUCAAUGACGUCACAUGUACCGGGGGUACAGCCGGAGAAUAGACAAAAGAAAAACCGAGGCAAAAUCUGAGCAAGACUGAGACUUAAAUAGAUGAAUACUCUGAAACUGCAAAUUCUUAAUCCAAAGAAAUUUAUGAAUACAUACAUGCAUGCAGAUGCAUAAUAUCUUCCAGAUAGACACUUUUCAAGAGGGCAUCACAUCCGGCCACAGCAUGUCCCAUUGCCAUAGAUACCACGCAAAUAUUUUCAAGACCAAAAUAAGUUGCCUCUGAAUAGGGUGGGCUAUAUACACAAAGCCGACCAAAAGAAAUAAAAAAAAUCAUCUGAUUACAGAAUAAGCGCAGAGGGGAUGCUUUAAUGCAGGAGGUGCGGGGGAGGGAGUAUAGUAUCCCUUUAAUGCAGUCGAAGUCUUUUUAAUGUGAACACUGCCUUUUCAGAGAAAAGGCAGGGUUUACAAUUACUGCCUAGUAAUGCCUCUAGUGGUAAACACUAAUGUGGCACUGACGUUCAGCAUCUCCACGCUCUGCAUAGAGAUGCGUUGAUUCUAUCAGGAGGUGCAGAUUGGCGCAGUGCAGCAUUUUGCCAUGCAUGUGCGAUAGCCUCCCAAUGCCUUCCUAUAGGAUCGUCAAGUUUGAUCUCAGCCAAGGAGUGGGAUUGGUGUCAGUCAGCCGUGGAGGACCCACGUGCUGGUAUAAAAAUGGCAAGGGGGGCCUAAACAUCAACCUUAUAGUAGUUAUAGUGUCAGGAAUAUGUAUUUUGUACAAACACUCACACACAAGUGAUUUUUUUUAUUUUUUAUUUCUCCAGCCACCCUCCUGUUAGCUUACCUUGUUUGUCCAUCAGGGUGGCUUGGAGUCCUGGUCCUGCUGGGGGGAGUAAAGGGGUCUGGAGCUCUUCGUGCUCCUCUACCCUCACGCUGCAGAUGCCUUCUCUCCCUGCUGCACGGUCUCCCUGCAGGAUGCUGGGAGGAAGUGACAGGCUGUCCCUUCCUCCCAGCCGGCUGAUAUUACAGGGGCCCGGUCUCGGUCUUCAAGGCAUUUGACCAGGUCCCUGUUGAGCAGUAAUGUUUCCCAGUGCUAUAAUCAUAACAUCGGGAAAACAUUCCACGGCACCCCUGUGUGCACGUCGCGGCGCCUCAGCACACAGUUUGGGGAUUGCUGCAUUAGACAAUAAAAAUAUUUUAAACGCCAACUUUGUUAAAGUUUAUAAACAUGAAUAUCGAAUCUUUAUCUUUUCCUUCAAUUAAUAUACAAUUUUGCCUUUUGCAGAUAAUUAUAUCCAGAAGACAAAAAAGUCCUAUAUUGAUAGUCGAGCAAGAAGAAAUCUUGGCUCCAUCAACACAGAGCUACAGGAUGUGCAAAGAAUUAUGGUUGCCAACAUUGAAGAAGUGUUGCUUCGAGGAGAAGCUCUAUCAGGUGAGUUGGUUGUAUGUGCUUAAACAGUUUUAAGUUUUAAUGUAAACAAACAACAAAACACGGGUGCACAUAUACCAAACUGUAUUGUGCAGUGUGCCUAAAGUACCAUAUAUACUCAAGUAUAAGUCUAGCUUUUCAGCACAUUAUUUGUGCUGAAAAACCCCCACUCGACUUAUACUCGAGUCAGUGUCUGUAUUAUGGCAGCUUACAUUGUCAUAAUACAGACCAGGACCGCCGGGCUCAUUACAAGCCCGGCAGUCCUGUUGGGGGCUGGCAGAGAGCUGUUGCUUACCUUUCCUGCAGCUCCCUUCUCCUGUGCUCCGGUCAGCUCCCUUCUCCUCCACUGUAAGUCUCGCGGUGUGACUGCCGCGUGGAGCGUUGCCACGGUAACCCGUGGCAACGCUCUGACCCCGCAGCUCUCGCAAGACUUACAGUGGAGCUGACCGGACCGGAGGAGAAGAGAGCUGACAGGAGCUGCAGGAAAGGUAAGUAACAGCUCUCUGCCAGCCCCCCUCCUACACAGGCCAUCCACUGGACCACCAGGGAAUGAGAGCCCCCCUCCCUGGCCAGCUAACAAGCAGGGAGGGGGGACGAAAAUAAAAAUUAAAUUAAAAAAAUAUUACAAUAAAAAAAGUAAAUAUUAAAAUUAAAAAAAGUAAAUAUUAAAAUUAAAAAAAGUAAAUAAUAAAAUAAAAAAAUACUAAAAUAAAAAAAAUUAAAAUAAUAAAAAUGCCCUCCCCCACCCAGUUCACACACAAACACACACACACACUGCAUUGUAUACACACACACACACACUGCAUUAUACACACACUCAUACAAACACACACUCUGCAUUAUAUACGCACACACACACUCUGCAUUAUAUAAUGCAGAGUGUGUGUGUGUUUGUAUGAGUGUGUGUGUGUUUGUAUGAGUGUGUGUAUAUAAUGCAGAGUGUGUUUUUGUAUGAGUGUGUGUGUGUGUGUGUGUAUAUAUAUAUAAUGCAGUGUGUGUAUAUAAAUAUAAAAAUCACAGAAUUUCAUAGCCCCAAUUUUUACCCUCGACUUAUCCACGAGGCAUAGCAUAUUUCACAAUUGUUGGUCACAAAACUGCACUCGACUUAUACAUGAGAUCAACUUAUACACGAGUAUAUACGGUAUAUUUAGUAUCUGCAAAACACAAUAACAAUAAAGCCGGUCUUAAUUCGUUCAAGGACACUGCUGUAAGAAUAAUAGGACCAGCCACUCCCAGGGAUCUCCAACAUAUGAGAGUGAGUGGAAUAGGCACAACAAAAAAUAAAGCAUAGUAUGAAUAUUUGGUAAAAAAUUACCCAAUCCCAACCAGAAUCACAAUUGUUUUAAAGCCAAAUCUUCCUGAUCAGAUCUGCACCGUUUGUCCAGAUUAUUUAGGUAUGCGGUUUAAAGUAAAUGGUUUUCACAUGACAGACCUAUAUAAAGUUUUAGACUGCAGGCAUUUUACAACGCAUCACUUUUAAACACAUCAUUAAGUAUUGUUCACUUGUUCUUUGCAGGUGAACGAUAAUUAUCAGUAAUAUUUGCCUGUAAGCUAGUUUAAAAAGCCCACAUAUGAAUAUGUUAAAGCCUUGAUGUCAAUAUGACCCCAUCUAUCUAUAGGGAGCUUUAAAGCCUUCCAUGUACCCCCACCCAUCAUGUUCUAAACAUUGAACAGCCAACGGCAGACACAAUUAUGGCUCAUUUGGAGCUAGAAUUCCAAAUAUGUAAAUUGUUAAAUCUUAUGAACUGUGCCAGUCUGGCCCCAUAUUGACAGUGCAUUCCUGGCAAAAUAAUUAUUACUGUAUGCUAUAGUGGUUAUAGUACUCGGAGUGUUCCUUUAAUUCAGAAUUUCUUAUCUCUUAUCUGGUAACUGCUUGCUAGAGCCAAUAGCAGCCUUCUUUGUGUGUGGUUCAAUAAAUAGACCAGGAGGUCUAUUAAUUUCAUUAACAUACUGUGUUUUGAAAAUGAAACCUUUUCUUUUCCUGACGUAUGGUGGCAGUACAAUAGGGAUGUACUCUUCCCAUGGGACAAGCAUAUGAAAUUUAAUAUAAACUUAAAAGUUCCUCCCUCAACAGGUAUAAUACACCAACCUGCCAUAGAACCUCAGAUCUCUUUCUUGUUCCAUCCGGAACGGACAACAUCUGUAUUUGUUGUGGGAAGGCACACUGGUUGCUGCCAGGGACCCGAUAGCCUCCCGGGUGGAGAGCUGAGUGGCCUGCGUGCAUCCUGCAGGAGUUACGGAGCAGGUAUGUUUAACUUGCUUUGUGCCGAGUGCUGUCACCGGCAAAGCAACUAGGCGGUCUCUAUCGGAAGCAAAUCACUGUCUGUACAAGACGCAUGCGCACAGCUGUGAAAUGCACUCCCGGGUGAUAAUGCUUUCCACGGGAGUUCCGACUGUGCAUGCACGGUCGGAGUUCCCGGGAAUGGCGCCAGAUUUGAAUCAAUGCUGCCUAUUUAAACUGUGCAGAUCUGACUGACAGCAUGGGUGCUAGCCAUUAAGGAUCUCCCGUGUCACCACCACCCCCCCACACGGGUCAGAGGUUUUAGAGGUGAGAUUUUCCAGUCUCUAAUCUUCCUAAGUGUCUGUGUCUAUCUUAUUUAUUUAAUUUUACAGCAAUUUUGUUAUUUCUUAUGUAUUGCAGAUAUGUCUGUCCAUAAUAACUGGAGAGACAGGAUUAAAGACAAGGUGCCUGCUCCUGCUCCUAAAAAAACGCCAGUUCUAAAUCGAAAAAGCUGAGUUGUAGUGCAUGCUCCACACCACUACCAGAUGGUUCAAAACUGAAAAUCUGCAAUAAGUGUUCGUCUUUGUGACGAACCGCCUGCCACCCCGACUGGGUGCCUCAGUCGAGCGAUGCUCCUAGUACUCUCCAAGGACCAUCAGCACUGCACUUGACACUAUAACCACUGCAAACCCCAUGAACCGCCGCAGCUUGGUUGGUGUUUCGCCGUCCUCCACCAACCCUGGACCCAAGACUUGGCUCUAGCUUCCAGUGGGUGAACCUCUCCUUAGUCCAGAGAGCGAAACAGGAACAGCUCUUACAAGAGCUAGUGAUUAUACUCUGGGGAGUAUAGUGAUUAUAGCAAUCCACAGAGUGUAGUUCUCCAAUCCCCCAAACAUGAGCCAAGACUUCAUGGGGUAGAAUAGGUCUAUUUAAUGCAAGCCAGCACUCACAAUUUAUACAAUUCCUCAGGCCAGGCACACCCCCUGGACCUGAUGGAACACAGGCACACAAAGGAUACAAACCAAUCAGAACAAUACAACAAUGUCCGACACUCCCACAUACAGCACACAAGCACUCCCCUCUGCCUGUAAUACAAUUAACUAAGACAAUGGACUAACUCCAUUAACUCUAAGCAGAAAAAACAUACAUUUUUACAAAUCCCCAAAAGUACCCCAAAAUACAACAUAUCCCCACAAUACAGUCACAUCCCCUGAUCGGUUCAGGAAUUUCUGGAAUUCUUAUUUUUGCCCCACCGUGCACAUGGUCCCAUGCCCAAAACAGUUCCAUACACUCGACGGCAAAAUACUGCUGGACAAUUUAAGAUGGCCGCUGCCACCACAUGUUUGAAUCUGUUACAGUUAAAUGCUCAUGGGGCAGAAACAGUGCCUUUAAAAUCCAAUAUGCCCAAAUAGUGUUUUUAAAGGGCAAUAUAUACCAGGGGCCAUAGUCACAGGGCAAGAGGCAGGCAAGCAGGCCUCUCCAAAUCCCAGUGACGAAGGUGCUUUUGUCACAGUCCUUAUCGCUGGAAAAGUCCAAGCAACAGGACAUGAAGUAAUUCUUGUCUUGGUUUCAAUCUUGCCCAGACAUUUGAGUCAUUCAAAGGUUACAGCUCGUGUUAAAGCAACAACCAAACAAUGGCUAAAACGGAAAAGAUCUUUGUCUUGAUUAGAACUGUCCUCAUGCGAAUGUUCUAUCUCUUCCUAUUCGGAAACUUCCAGUGACUCUCUUCUGGUACAGGAGUCUGUUUUCCACAUGAAGAAUUGAGAUUUAUUAAGGAAGUUAAUGUUUCCUUCUCUACACAUCAAAUAAAGCAAAUAGAAAAGCUCUUCCAGCUCAACAGCAGAUUCUGGAACUUAUGUACAGAGAUUGGAAGAACCCUGAAAAAGGGCAUUUAUUGCCAGACAUUUCAAGAGCAUUGUUAAACUACAGGGAGAAAACCAGUCGUUGACGUACAAGUUGCUCAGUUGUCUAAAAUUACUACCAUACCGAUUGGAGAAGUCUCUGGUCUUAAAGACCCUAUGAAUAAAAGGGCAGGCAUCAGGAUUUUAACCUAAAGCAGAAUUGGCAGGAGCUGCGGUGGCUAAAGCUCAGUACCUUUUGGCUUCAAGGAUUUUUAAGAUAGCCUGUUCCAAAAUUUAAGGUUAUCCAAUGAAUACUUGCUAGAUGUUAUCACGGAGGUGAUUAAACCUUCGGCAUCGAGUCUUACAGAGCAAAAAGAUUCUGACACCAUACAAGUGGACGGACGGAAACAACAAUUUGCUCAGAGAUGGAGGGAGACCACUGCAAAUCCAUGGAUUCUGAAUCUGGUUGCGAAAGGAUACAGAAUACAGUUCCUAGGCGUUCCAAGACCAGUUUCCUUGUCUCCUCCUAAUGUUCAAAACUAAAAAAACAAGUCAUCUUCUCCACUACAGUCACUCUUUUAAAGAAAGGUGUUGUAGAAAGAGUUCCAAGUACCCAGCAAUAUCAUGGUGUCUACUCCUGGUUGUUCCUGCUCUCAAAACCAGAUAUGUAAUUUUGUCCCAUUUUGGAUCUGAAAGAGCUGAACAACAAGAUUCCAUACCAGCAUUUCAGAAUGGAAACCAUAGCAUCAGUCACUCAUAUCCUUCAAAUAGGGGAUUUUAUGGCGACUUUGGAUUUAAAAGAUGCCUACCUUCCCAUUCCUAUGGACGUAGGCUCAAGAAAAUACCUGGGGUUUGCUAUAAGAAAAGGUCACAAGGUUCACCACUUUAGAUUCAAAGCCCUUCUAUUCAAUCUCGCCUCGGCUCCCAGAAUUUUUACAAAGGUCCUCACGCCUAUCACAGCCUUCUUAAGGGUGCAAGGAAUCAGUUGUUCCAUACUUGGACGUCUCGUUCAUAAAGGCAAAUUCAAGAGACGCUCUAGAGUUGGAUCUGGCUUACACCCUCCAAAUCCUGGAAGAACAUGGCUGACUUAUAAACCUAGAAAACUCUGUCUGAUUCCUACAAGGUCAAUUCAGUUCCUAGGUUUUUUUUUUUUUUUUAAUCAAGUCAGACACUCUAUCUAUUCACCUAACUGGGGAAACAAGAAUGUUCAAGAAACUGAAAAAAGAUCUUCAGCGAAAACAAGAAUGUUCUGUGAGAAAAGCUAUGCAGGAGUUAGAACACCUCACCUCCACCAUCCCAGCAGUAAAACGGGCCAGAGCAAAAUCAGGGCCUUUACAGUGGGAAAUUCUUGCGCAGUGGUCAAAUAAAGAAGAAUUGGAAGCUUUGAUAAGUAUAUCAGAUCCUGUAAAAAGACAACUAACUUGGUGGCAAAAGACCAGUUUCAUAGCAGAUCUAUCAUUUAGACCAAAAAAUUGUCAUAAUUACAACGGACGCUAAAAAUACAGGUUGGGGGGCUCAACUGCAGUGUAAUUUAAGGCAAGGCACAUGGUCCGAAGACGAAAAAAGGGAAUCUUUAAAUUACAAGGAGCUGAUAACCGUCUAAUGCUCUCUUCAUCAGUUCAGAGCUCUCAUUGUGGGGAAAGCAGUGACCAUUCAGUCAAUCAGACUACAGUGUCUUACCUGAACAAACAAGGAAGUUUGAGGGUAAGAAAAUUGCACUCCCUUUGCACAAGGAUUAUAUCCUGGGCUCAGUCAUUUAGACGACCUGUCCGCUACUCACAUAUGAGGGAUAGACAACAUUAUAGCAGUUGAUUUGAGCAGAUCAAAAUGGUACCAGAACGAGUGGUCUCUGAAUCCGGUAAUUAUUUCUCUACUAGUGAAAAGAUUGUCUGCCUGUCAACAAUCUAAUGGCAUGAAGGUCAAAUGCAAAGGUGAUAACAUUUGCCUCCCUCUUCAAGGCAGACAUGCCUCUGGUUCUGGAUGGGCUGUCGAUCAGGUGGGACUUCAGCCUUGCAUACAUAUUUCUCCCGGUGAGCCUAAUCCCAAAGAUUCUGCAAAAGGUGAAAACCGAACAAGCAAUGGUGCUGGUCAUAAUCCCAUACUGGCCAAAUUGAAGCUGGUUCUCCGUUUUAAUGAAGCACUGGGAACUAUCCGUGUCAACAGAUCUCCUGGAGAAUGAAGGGGUGCCAGUAGAGGUGUUGCAAAUGUUCAAAUUGACAGCUUGGCUGCGGCAUGGCUAUUCCUGCAUUACAAGGGCAUCAAGAAAUAGAGGUUAAAGUUGCUGCUAAAUUCUACCAGAAGCUCUACCUCUGCUAUCUACUUGAAAAUUUGGAGGAAAUUUCUUCAUUGGUGCAUCUUUCAUCAUUGCAUAAGAUCUUCACCUUCUACUGAUACAAUCUUGAAUUUUCUUAGUCUUAAGUCUUAGUCAAAGUUCAAAUCCUUGUGUGUGUGUGUGUGUGUGUGUGUGUGUGUUUGUUUUUUUUUUUUUUUUUUUUUUAAAAGGCUGUCAGGCUUAUCCAACCUUUAAGAAAGGCGUUUUUUCCCUCUUGGGUCUUAUCUUUGGUUUUGAAGUCUCUUUGCACCCAGCCUUGCAAACCUUUUGGAGGAAACGUCCUUGAAGCUCCUGUCUCUGAAAACCGCAUUUUUGAUGGCCAUAAACUUCCGCUAAGAGGAUAGGUGAAAUUCAGGUUCUUUCAUCAUCUGCUGAAUUUACUAAAAUUCUUCCUGACAAGGUUAUGUAUCCGAAACCUUCGUUUCUACCAAAAGUAAUCUCUUCCAAGGCUAUCAAUCAACCAAUUUCCCUGCCUUCCAUUGGUUAUUCAUCCGUCUCCGAUUUGGAUGAGAAUUGGCACAAGUUGGAUGUCGGAAGAUCUCUGAAGAUCUACUUGGACUGCUCCUCUACAUACAGGAAGACUGACCAUUUUUUUUUUGUCAAUUUCUUUGGAAAAUUUAAAGGUUAUGUUGCCUCCAAGUUGCUCGUGGACACUAUUAAAUUGGCUUAUUCUUCCUCAAAUCUGCCUCUGCCUGCCUCCUUGAAAGCUCAUUCUACUAAAGCCAUGGCUGCUUCCUGGGCCGCAAAAGCACAUGCUUCACUUGAAGAUAUCUGCAAAGCCGCUACAUGGCCUUCCUUCAACACCUUUGUCAAGCAUUACAAACUAGACAUAUUCUCUACCUCUGACACUGCUUUCGGGCAUACGGUGUUACAAGCGGUGGUUGCCUAAUUCCCACCCAUUGCUCUGGGAUCACGAUAUAUCGAUCUUGUACUGCCACCAUAUGUCAGGAAAAACUGUAAUUUUACUCAGCGUAAUUUAUUUUUUCCUUAAUAUGGUGGCAGUACAUCACUCCCUCCCUUUGUUAAUAAAUUUUAUAUUUUUGCAGUAAUAAGUCUCUGAGGUUUUAUUGGGACGUACUGAGGUUCCAUGGCAGGUUGGUAUCUUCUACCUGUUGGGGAAGGAAAUUUUAUGUUAAUUUUAAUUUCAGAUGCUUGUCCCAUGGGAAGAAUACAUCCCUAUUGUACUGCCAUCAAAUUAAGAAAAAAGGAAUUUAUGGUGAGUACAAUUGCAGUUUUGGAGGGGUAGGUGGAAUAUCAGUACUUGCUGAGUAUAGGCUCCAGAAUAUUGUAAGUGCAAUUCCUUUCCCUUCAUUUACCAUCACUUAAGAUCUCCAUAUACUACACUAUAUCCGUGUCUUUUUCCUUCCCUCCUCCAUAUCUCUCUGAGCGUGGGAAUUCCUUCACAGGCGCUGCUCCCUGAUCCUACUACCUACAAUGGCAGUUUUCAUGGAGUCGCAAGGGGAGGUGGGGCUGUGGGCAUUUAUGGUGCUUGGACUAUUACUUUAAUUCUUUAGUAAGUGGUGUCUAAUUUACCUCUGUUUCUUUUUACAGCUCUGGAUUCAAAGGCAAGCAAUCUUUCAACCUUGUCAAAGAAAUACCGCCAAGAUGCAAAAUACCUGAAUAUGCGUUCCACCUACGCCAAACUUGCUGCAGUAGCAGUUUUCUCAGUGAUGCUGAUUGUAUACGUCCGAUUCUGGUGGUUGUGAAGAGCCAAGAGAAUGAAAAACCACUGUGAAGAUUAGUGGGGGUUAAAUUGAUAUUGGUCGACACGUUAAUUUCUUCACUGCUGUAGAGGUCAGCUCAUUAGUGAACUGGUUAAUGGUGUGCACUUGAAAAUUAUGAACCACCUUAAAAAGGUGGCUGAAAGGGACAGAGUAUUGGGGGGAAAUAGUCCAUCCAGUCUUAAACCUGGAGCAGCUUUGAACUGACUAACUGCACAUUUCAAGAUGGCAAUGCUGUUAGUCAUUUUGCCAUUGAUGUAAAGGUAUAAUUUUUCCCACUUGAUAUUUGCCUUUUGUGCUCAGCCUAAUCUUUUCUUCGUUGGAUAUAAUUCUUUUCCUGCCUGAGGAAAUAAAUUAUGGCUUCUCUGACAGCAGAAGAAUUAAAUGUAGCAUUCUAGAAGAAGACUAGAAGCUGAUGGUUUUAAGACCAAUACACCCGAAGGAAUACAAAUCUUUGAUCUAUUGCAAGAAAUGACUCAACCAUCUCAUUGUUGGUUUAAAAUAUGGAUGGCACAUUUUUUUGUGUUUUUCUUGUUUACUUUUGGUUGUCUGUAAGGUUUUAUCUAGAAGGUUUUACUGAUCUGUACAUCCAGCUAGUCAUAAUAAUUUCUUUUUCAUCUCUGGACUGCAUUGAACUUCAUGCAGUUCUUAAUGUAAUCACAGCUAAUGCAGCAUAAUUAAUCCAUCGUUUUUUUUGUAUGCAUUUACAAGUUUCCAUGUUAUAAUUUGCCAUUCUUUUCAGUGAAACUAUGUCAAUAUUGCAUCCAUAAGCCUUAGUGUAACUUAAAAUGUCCUCUUACCUAAUUAUCAAACAUGUACAUUUCCAACUUUUAUAUCCAUGAACCAAUAAUUUCCUAAUCCAGAAUACAUAGAAGUAGACUUAAAUUCCCAGCCUCAGAGGGAUCAUGAAAAUAAAUCCUUUGUUUCUAUGCUUGUUUUAAGAUGUUCUAUAUAGUAUAGUAUUUAAUUUGGAAAAUGAGACAAAUAUAUAGUAUGCCUGUCUUCUGCAGAAGAUGUAAGCACAUGUUAUUAGCUAAUUAAUAAAUCAGUUUUCCAUGGAAAAUUCUGAAAGUUGUUUUAUUUUAAACACACCUGAAUCCAUUAUAAAAUUAUUUUAUGGUAUGAUGCUAAAGUUGUGUAGUGCUCAUUUUCAAAAAGAUUAAGCACAUUUUCUUAGGUCUAUGUUGAACAGUAUGUCCUUAACAAUACAUUUUGAAACCUGUUGCUCUUUGCACAUACAGGGGAUUCUCUGAGUCUCUUUACCACAAUAUUGAUCUGACUUCUGUGUGCAAUGGGAUGGAGAAUGCAUGUGCCAAACAAGAAUACCAUUAUGACCUUGGACACCUAUGUUAUAUUCACUCAUGUGAGAAAUGUGAAGAAUUUGAAAGGAAAUUCUAAGGCCAAAAUAUCUGACCUGUUUAAACCCCCAAAAAACCUCAGUUUUGACCUAAAGUUUGCAAUUUCCUUGUAAAUUCUCCAAAAGUUCCAUUAGUCUGUAUUCCUAAUUCUAG